AUGGUGGACCGAGAACCCCGAGAAUACGACGAGAACGAGGGGUCGCUUGAUCCGGAGGUGCUUUAUACGAAGGAAUACUGCAUUGGUGGUGGUAGCUUCGGCAAGGUCUACAAAGGGGUAGACAAGCGAACCGGCCAGUCCGUCGCAAUCAAGGUCAUCGACAUCGAAAGUGCCGAGGACGAAGUGGAGGACAUCAUUCAGGAGAUCGCUAUUCUGUCAGAGCUGCAGUCGCCCUAUGUCACCAAGUACUAUGGAUCCUAUGCCAAGGGUGCUGAGCUAUGGAUCGUCAUGGAGUUUUGCUCGGGCGGCAGCUGUGCCGACCUCAUGAAGCCGGGACUUAUUGGGGAAGACUACAUCGCUAUUAUCGUUCGCGAGUUACUCCUGGGGCUCGACUACCUGCACUCGGACAAGAAACUGCACCGAGACAUUAAGGUCAAGCUCGCCGACUUCGGAGUCUCCGGCCAGCUCUCGGCCACCAUGACCAAGAAGAACACCUUCGUGGGGACGCCAUUUUGGAUGGCCCCUGAGGUAAUCAAGCAGAGCGGCUAUGACCACAAGGCCGAUGUUUGGUCGCUAGGAAUCACAGCACUGGAGCUUGCCAACGGCGAGCCUCCUUACGCAGACAUCCACCCCAUGAAGGUGCUUUUCUUGAUCCCCAAAAACUCGCCGCCGAGGUUAGAAGGCAACUUCACCAAAGCUUUCAAGGACUUCGUCGAGCUCUGUCUACAGCGGGAUCCUAAGGACCGCCCGUCCGCAAGAGAGAUGCUGAAGCACCCCCGAUGGGCGGUGACCCACAAGCAGGACGACGACGACUUUGAUGGUGACGACGGUGACCAAGUCGAAAAUCGAGGGCCUGUGAACGAGGACAUGUGGGACUUUGGAACCGUCCGUCUGCUCCAGCGCGAGAUGGGCGUUAUGAACCUCGGCUCGGCUAUACAGCAACAAAGCCCCUCGCUCCAGUCAACAGCAUCAUCCUCGAGGCCUGGUGGGAUGAGGAUUCCGGAGAUCCCGCCCUUCCGUGGAGCGCCACAACAACACCAGCCGGCAUACACCAGGCCUCCGCCUGGCUUUCCACCGCAUCCCCCCCAGACGCAGCCCCUUCACCCGCAACCCCUUCACCCCCAGCCGCUCCAAACCAAAAGCAACGUCCACCCUGCCGUGUACCAGUUCUACCCGCAGCAACAGACGCAGCUCCAAUACCAACAACAACAACCCCAGAAGCCCUCCUACUCCAGCCAGCACAUCCAACCGCUCAUUUCCAAGGAGCUCCCGCGGCCGCUGCCCAACCACCUCGACAGCAGCGGCGCGCCGCUCUCCUUCCCCACGCCCUCUCCGUCCAACCCAGACAGCGACCUGGACGCCCUCAACGACGUCAUCUUCCCGGCGCUCGAGGAGGCCCUCAAGCGCCGCCAGAUCCACCUGCAGCAGGCCUACCGCGCCGAGCCGGGCAUGCCGCCACCCCCCGUCACCCCCAAACAGCAGCGCGCCGAGGCCGCCCACGAAAAGGUCCGCAAGCUCGUCUACAAGCUGGCCCAUGUUUGCAAGGAGAUCGAUCACUUUGAUAAGGCGGAGCCCGUGGGGAUGGGGAAGGAGGUCGGGACGUUCUUGGAGGGGCUGCUGGAGGAGAUUUUGGUCAGGGUCGAGCCGCUGGAUGAGGAGGAGGGUGGUGCUUGA